AUGAAGGGAGCAGCAGCACUGCUGCUGCUGCUGCUGCAUCAGCAGCAGCAGCAGCAGCAGAACAGCAAGUACCUGCUGUCGCUGCUGUACCGGAAAAUAGGAAAAGAAACAUUUUGGGAAAAAGCAAAGACAGAAGUGUUUUGGCUUUUCCUCAGCAAACAAAUUCUCUUUCCCUGGCUGCCCCACGAGCUGCCCCACAGGUGCAUCCACGAAGGUCAGUGCUGCUGCUGCUGCUGCUGCUUCUGCUUAUGCUGCUGCUGCUGCUACUGCUUUACUACCACUACUACCACUACUACUACUGCUGCAGCAGCAGAAGAAGUGUAUGAGGAAGGUUUGUGUCUGGAAAUGGACAAAUUGAUUUUCAGGUGUACAGACACCGAAGAGCUGCUGCGGCUCAGCGUCGCCCACCGCCGUCAGGUGUAUGUACACAACUUGGUGAGCCUGCUGCAGCAGCUCACGCUGCUGCAGCAGCAGCAGCAGCAGACACAGCAGCAGCAGCAGCAGCAGCACCAAACGCAGCAGCAGCAGCACAAACAGCAGACGCUGCUGCAGGAGCAGCAGACACUGCUGCAGCCGACAGAGCAGCAGCAGCAGCAGCAGCAGGAGGCUGAAAGCAAAGAAAGGGAGACAGCUGAGUGUGGGGCCCCACAAGAGGGGUCUGGGGGCCCCCGGGGGCCCUCAGGGGACUUACAAGACCCUUUUU